GGUCUUUUUGAUUGAUUCGCCCCUUUUUUUCUUUUUUUUUUCUUUUUUUUCUUUCCCGCUUUUGCUCGCUUUCGUUUUUUUCCCUAACUUGUACAUAAUCAUCUUUCUAAGCACGCCAUGUCUGGAGCCAAGCGCCGCACGAACGAGAGCGACGACGGGUCGCACGCGGCCGAUGAGCAGCACUACUCGUCGCUGAACCCGAUGGCUGACCCCGCCGCGCACGACCCGACCGCCGAGAUGGGCGAGUUUGAGGACAUGUGGGAGGACGAAGAAGAGGAGAAUGUCAUUGAGGAGCAGGAGCAGCACCACGGCGGCAACAUGAUGGAGACGGACGACGGCGACGAUGACGAAGACGGAAUGGCGCUUCAGCAGGACGAGGACGAGGACGAGGACGACAACCGCCUGCCAGAGGUCUAUCUGCCUGGCGCGCCGCUGGAGGAAGGCGAAGUGCUCGAGGUCGACAACUCGGCUUACGACAUGCUCCACAUGGUCAACGUCGAGUGGCCAUGCUUGUCGUUUGACAUUAUCGAGCAGCCCAUUGCAGAGGGCGCAUCACUCAAGUUCCCGCUCACGGCCUACGCCAUCGCUGGCACACAGGCCGAGCGCCAACCUCGCGAUCGUCAAGAUCCAAACAAACUCGUGCUGUUGAAGAUGGCGCAGCUUCGACGAACCAUUCGCGAUGACGAAGAGGAAGAGGCCGACAUUGACGAUGCCGACUCUGACACUGAGGACGAUCCAGUGCUCGACAGUCGUACCAUUCCCCACGACGGUGUUGUCAACCGCCUCCGCGUCGCUCCUCAACACAACAACAUUGUCUGCACAUGGAGCAGCAACCGCAAGGUCCACAUUUGGAACGUUGCCACGCAGCUUUCCUCGUUCGACUCUGCCGUCGACCCCGAGGCUCUUGCAGCUCCAGUAGCACCCCUGUUUACCUUUUCGCGACACACCGACGAAGGCUAUUCGAUCGAUUGGUCUCCUCUUGUGGCUGGCCGAAUGGUGAGCGGAGACUGCGAUCGUAACAUUUUCUUGUGGAACCCGCUGCCGAGCGGUACUUGGAAGGUCGAGGACAAGCCCUUCCGUGGACACACCGCGUCCGUCGAGGAUUUGCAAUGGUCGCCGGCAGAGCAGACUGUGCUUGCGUCAUGCUCUGUCGAUCGCACGGUCAAGAUUUGGGAUACUCGCAACAAGGGCACUGCCGCAUUGUCGAUCAAUGCCCACAACUCUGAUGUUAACGUAAUUUCUUGGAGCCGACUGGUCCAGUAUUUGAUUGUUUCUGGCGACGAUGAAGGCGGUUUUAAGAUUUGGGAUUUGCGAAGUCCCGCACAGCCCGCUGCCGAGUUCAAGUGGCAUACUCAAGCAAUCACGUCUGUCGAGUGGCAUCCGUCGGAUGAAUCCGUUCUUGCUGUUGCAGGCGCGGACGACCAAGUUACUCUGUGGGAUUUGUCGGUGGAACGCGACAACGCUCAGGCUGUUGAAGAAAUCCAAAGCGUGCCUGCGCAGCUGCUGUUUAUUCAUCAAGGCCAACAAGAGCUUCGCGAGGUGCACUGGCACAAGCAGCAUCCUGGCGUGCUCAUGAGCACUGCUGGCUCUGGCAUCAACGUUUUCAAGACCAUUUCUGUUUGAGGCGGUCUUCAAGCAACCAGCUGCGCUUUUGCCACCACUCGAUUCGUUAAUAUCUGCGAGACAUUCGUUUUUUCCUAGCCCGAGACUGCAAUUGCUGUUUGUGCUCCAGACGAUUGUCUCCGCUAACCCCCAACCCCAACCCCUUCGGCGUGCCUGUCCUGUUUUGCCUGCCUGUCGUUAUUAACACCCUGUAUUAUGACAUUAUUACAUUUUUUUUCGAAAGA